AUGCCGCUCACCGACGAGGACGCGGCGGCACUGGCCAUGCGCGCGCUGGACGCCCUAUCGCCCGACCAGCGUGUCGCCCGCUCCGCCAUCGCGCGCAUGCUGGACCCCGACGCGGCCUCGCCCUCCGUCGACAUCCACGAGCUGUUUGCCCUGUUCGACACGCUCUAUUUCCGCGCCACGCUGCGCGCCCGCGUCGACCUCUCUUGGUCGUCGCGCUUGACUCUUUGCGCUGGCAUCUGCGAGCUCGUCAAAGACGCCCAGGGGAAAUACACGCGCAUCCGGCUCAAGCUGUCCGAGCCGCUGCUCCAAUUUCGCCCGCGCUCCGACACGGUCAACACGCUGUUGCACGAAGCCAUCCAUGCCUACUUCUUCGUCACCUCGUCUUGGCGCCACUCCCGCGACGACGACGACACGUCCGGCCACGGCGCCGGGUUUCAGAUGCUCGCUUCCGCCAUCAAUGCCCACGGCGGCUUCGAUGUCGCCGUCUUCCACACGUUUCACGACGAGGUUGACAGCUAUCGCACCCACGUGUGGUUGUGCGAUGGCCCCUGCCGAGCUAGUCCGCCCUACUUCGGCCUUGUCAAGCGCAGCAUGAACCGAGCGCCCGGCAGGUCUGACAGCUGGUGGUCCCAGCAUCAGAGAGACUGCGGCGGUGCCUUUGCCAAAAUAGCAGAGCCCGACCUGACCAAGAAGCAGGUUGACGCCCUGAGCGCGCAGGAGAGAGCUGGCCGCCAGAAGAACAAAAUUGACCGUUGGAUCAAGGUUGCUCCAAGCUCUAUUGGACCCAGCCAAGGGGAAACCUUCUCGAAUCCAGACGGUCGGGGCUCGAGUGCCAAACGAGAACGCAGUGAUGAGGAAAGCAUUCCAGCCGCCCAACAAAAGAAGACACUCCUUGCCUGCCCGAUUUGUGACGUCCCCGUCACGGAGGAGUCCGUCAACGAUCAUCUUGACGCCGUGCACGGGACUGGCUGA